ACUUUGACGCAAGUGUCCGUGAUUGAAAUUUCUCCUAAAGUUUAUGCCUUCUUUUUUUCUUCUAUUUUAUUAUCUUUCCUUUCUUUUCAUUUCUUCUGAGCCAAGCAAUUAGGGAUAGUCUCAGUGUCAUAAAACUUUCGCCCCCAUUUUAUUAGGAUUCAGAUCUAAUCAGCGAGACUUCAUAGCGGGUUGUAUAUCAUUUUGAUGUUUUUAGUGUAGAUUUCAAAUCUUUAUGGGAAUCUUGGUGCUUACAUUGUGGCAUUUUAUUCCACAGCAGAAGAAAGUGAAGGAAUGAUACGAGAAAUGAUGAACAUAUGUGAAAAUGCAUGCAAUCUCCAGCACUGCUCAAAGUGAUGUGAACAAGAAAGACUUGGAAGAGCUGCUUGAAGUUUUUGGUUCUGCGUUUUCUCUUGAUGAUAUUGCAUCUGCUUAUUGCCAGGGAAGGCGAGACACAAAUUUGGCUGCAGAAAUUCUGUGUGGAAUGCAUGGAACUACCUCUACCACAGUUACUGCUGAGAAGUUAGCAGAUGAAAAUGCCACACCAUUGAUAUUUCCUUUUGUAUCGGAAAGAACAAGAACACUAUCAAAGCUAUCAUCAGAAUGGCCAUCUGAUAAUCAUCUUGAGAAGACUUCUGCUGGACAAAAUAGGACCAAAGAACUAAGGUCAAAAAAAUGUUCUAUAUCAAUGGGUACUGUUUCAAGUGUAAUUGGCAAAGAGUAUGCUAAACCUAGGCCAUUGACAUAUGAGUCUACUGAAGCAAGGAAACCACUGAAGUUAGACUCUAAGGACUUUCCAGUCUCUGAGAUUUGGAGUGAGAAAAAUCCAUCUAGUGUGACAACAAGGAACAAAAUUUCACAAGUUGAUAUUGAGGAAUUUCUUUUUAAGAUGCUUGGAGAAGGCUUUCAACUUGACAUGCCUGUGAUUAGAGAGGUUCUUGACCAUUGUGGGUAUGACAUGCAGAAGAGCAUUAACGAACUUCUUGAUUUAUCAGCUUCAACUCUAGAAAAUUGUGAAAAUGUUGGUGGCAUGGAUGAUGAAAAUUCUACAGAAAAAUUUUUAGAGCAGGAAUCUGUUCCACUUCAUCAACAAGUGCAACAGCUAGAUUCUGCUCAAAGUGACGUAGAUGGAUUGAUGGUUGGAAAUUUAACAGGUUCACCAAAAAAAGAAAAAGAUAGAAUUGGUCUUCAGAAGGAAGUUCUACAAGCAUUGUUUGAUUUUUCAGAUAGAUCUGAAGAAGCACCCAAAAUAACAUGCCAAGUGAGGGUAGUGAAGAGAUCAAAAGCAUUUGGUAAACUAGUGGUUGAAUGUCCUAAGGAUGCUACUAGAGAACACAAGCCUUCUACUGCAGAACCACAAGUAGUUACUGGAAAAGAUGAGGAGGAUGAUAACAGCUAUGAGGUCCUACGUAUAGCUGUCAAGGAACAUCGGAAUACAAUGAAAGAGUACUAUAAAGCUGCUAUUGAUGCAUUUGUCAAGGGUGAUCAUGCAAGGGCACAUAAACUCCUAGAGCAGGGACAAUUUUUUAACAAAAAGGCUAGAGAAGCAGAUGAUAAAUCUUGUCAAAAGCUCAUUGAAACCAGAGAUGAUGAGGUAGUCUCUGUUAAGUUGCACGAUCUUGAACCCAAGGAAUCUUUAGAUCUUAUGAGGCGCCAUUUAACCUCUCUUUGUGGCAUCCCAUCUAUCAAGUACCUAAGAGUCAUAAUGGAGAGCAAUGGAGAAGAUACCACAAAAGGGAAACGGAAGAAGCUGAUAAUGAAGCAACUGGAGAAGGAAUCCAUCGAAUGGAAUGAAGAAGAGAAUGGUAAGACAAUACUAAUCAAAGUUGAUGUGAUUGAUCCAAAACGCUUGAGUUUUGCAAAGAAGUAUGGGGUGGGGAAUGACAAUAAAAGAGGGCCGACACCUGCCAAUGUGGGAUAUCAUUUCUAGCUGCUAACUUGGCCAGAAGCCAGAAGGUGGUUCUCUUCCAAAAACUUCAAAGAGAUUCAUGUUUUCUGUCUUAAAAUAUCACUUUUAAAGAUUUAAAGAUCCUAAAAUGGGCUGAACUAGAAUUCAUUGUUUAGGAAUUCUGGUUAUUGUGUUUAAUAUUAAAAUGAUAAUGCAUGGUAUUUCUUUUUCUA